CGGCAGGGGCUCGGGGGGCUGCCGGGGGCCGGGCCGGGCCUGUAGCGCAGCGGGUGGGGCUGGGACAUGGGGCCCGGGGCUGGUAGUGCCCCCGAGCCCGGAUCUGAGGCCCCUUGGGGACACGCUCGCAGGCCAGCUUUACACAUAAAAACUAGACCAGCGUGGCCGUGUGUUGCUCAGGGCUGUGAAAAAUGAGAUGCCCCGAGCGCUGGCCUCCGGUCAACCCAACCCCAGUGUAGACAGGGCUCGGUGGAGGGAAGAGUUUGCCUAUCGACCUCCCUACUGCCUCAGAGAGAGGAAUUAUCUACAUCCAUGGAAAAAGCCUUUAGGGGAUGUAGGAAGCAUCUACUCUAUGGUGCCGCGGUGGCCCAGCUGCAGCGUGGUAGUUGUGGCCCUGUAGCAGCUGAAGUGUAGACAUGCCCGUGGGUGGAAGGUGCUGGGAAGGGCAGAGUAUUAUCACUGUAGCCAAUUUCAUCUUCAGAGAAAGCACUGAUUUCCCCCAAGACCUCUCUUCCCUAGCGACAAAGAGUGACUGUGAUCCCAGGCUGAGGGAAGUGCUCGAGGCUUGUGCCAGUGGAACCUGGAUACGGAACUGAAAAUCCCAUUGGACUUACUACCCCAUCACUGCUCUCUGCUGGCACCCCGUAGUCUCUCAGUAGGGCUGCCUUGCAGGAUCUCCUGUUUGUUUCUUUCCCCAGGCUGAAUCUCUGGGAUGCUGCGAUUCCUAGAACAAGGGCCGGUUUUCAUUGGGUAAUCGAAUCGUAUUUCGGCUUGAGUCUUAAGCGCCAAGGUAGCUGACGUGAUGCUGAGUGAUCAGUGUAGACUAGAACAGGUUGUUCAGCAUCCUGUCAUCUUGUCGUGGCUGUACUCCACGAAGAGCCAGGUUAACUAACUCCCCAUCACCUGACAAGCUGCUGAACACAACUUGGUCUUGUCUGUGCUGCCCACUGCCAUGCUCAGCAUUUUACCUAGUUUGAUUGCUACAAUGGUGUGUGAACCGAGUGACGCUUCCUAGUGAUGACAAACCCUGAGGGAGUGUGAUGGGAAGAGGAGAAGGAUGUGGCCAGUGGGUCCAUGGAUGUAUCAAUUGACCCAUGAGGGGAAGCAGGUCCUUAGCUUCUACGCUUGCCCCAUGCCCUGAUGUAGUGACUACUCAGGAGAUGUGUUCUGGCUGCUGUGAACUGGGAUGUGAGGAUUCUGUUCCUCAGACCCAUGAGAAUAUGGCUGAGCAAGAGCCUGUUUACUCAGACUGUGUCCUUUGUGUAGGAAUGUCACCAUUGGGACGUGGUCCUGCCCUCACCAGCUCCCCAUUUAUUACGCUCUGCCCCUUUCCCCAUGUCAUUAAUGAAGAAGUUAAACACCCACGCCUCUGGCGCUGCCAUAAACCCCAACUCCUAACUGAAUACUGUCCCUUUUAUCAUUGCUCUUUGUUCAUGGUCUUUCAGGCAGUGUUUGGUUUGAUUUCAGGAUAGUGAUGGGGAGUCUGAGAUUGUGACUUUAGAGGUCACUCAGCUAGUAAGGUUGGAGCGAGGUCAUAGGAAUACUGUGAAAAGCUCGAUUGCUAGACUAGAGGCAAGCCUUGAUUUUUCCAGACUCCAAAUAUAUAUAUUAUUCAAAAUAAUUAUGUAGUCCUGUGCCUGAAAUUCAUGAGGAAACUGAAAUGUCUCUUUGCAGCCCCCUAAUUUUAUUGAGUUUUAUUUCUAAUUUUCCCACAUGUCCUUUUUAUAUUGGGGUUUACGACUAUUGUGACCAACUCUCAUUCUUACUGAGCGGGACUGUGACUGGGGUAAAUCAGACAUCCCAGAUUUGGCUGUAGUUAAUUUGCACACAGCUUAAAGGAGUGUCACAACUGGUAGGAAAAGCAUGGUGGCACCAGAGGAAUUUCAGCUCCUUUGUUGACAGCAUAGAUGUGAAGCAGGACCUUCUUCUGUCUAGUUGGCAGUGGCUUUUUAACCAUAUGUGCUUUUUAAGCAUGUUACAUAUGCUUGCCAGUUGUUGGUGUAUUUGUAUUACAGCUUGAGUACUGAAACAUCCACUGAAUAUAUGUAUAAUCCCUUACAAUAUAAUGGGCUGUGUCCCAGCUCUAGGCCAUGGAGGGGGGCUGUGCACCAGGGUGAGGUGAGGCAAGGUGGUGUAUUGUGACAUAGCAAGAAAGUGUAAUUUGUGAUUCCUUCAGUAUUAGGCAAGCAGAGGGCAGGAGAGUUCAUGCUAACGGGACAUGGACAGUGAUGUGCAGAUGUCAGAGACCCCCCCUGCUGCUACCACUGGCGAGCAGAUCCUAAAGGAUUUCCAGGUUCUGAUAGAGAAGGUUGGGGGGAAGCCAGAGGUGCUGCUGGUUGGAGAGUCUCAGGAGGGAAAAGACACUCGGGCUCUGAUGACAGCUUUUGUCCAGGAAUUGUUCCCGGAUGCCUGCAAACCAGGAAUCAGUCCAGCAAUAGCUGUGACACAGACACAGUCAGAGGCCAAGCCUGAUGCUAACAACAGUCGAUCCCAACUCAUCUUCUUCCUGUGCCGAGCUUCCUCCCUGCAGGGCAAGCAGGCUGAGAUCCUGAAGAUCUUGAAGGAAGUGAAGAAGUUUAGCCGCAGAGCACCAGCUGCCCUGGUGGGAGUCAUCGUGCAGCCCAAGAAGGAAGAGGAGACAGAGGCCCGGAAGCUGAUGGAGAGCGUGCUCCAGGAUGCCUUUCCUAGACAGCCGCAUAAACGGGACAAGCGUGGUAGGAAGCGGGGCCAGGCGCUGAAGCUGGAGGAGGUGCAGGUGGAGGUGGAAGUGGAAGUCUUCAUUCCAGGCUGGCCAAGGGGGAAACUGGCCAUCAUGAAAGCCGCCUGCCGAGCUUCUGAGGCCCUGCAGCAACACACGUCCGCAGAUGUGGAGCGGGAUGGUAUGGAUGGAUCGGGGUGGGGGGAGAAGCCAGGGAGCACCUGGGGGCAGUGGAUGGAGGAGUAUUACAUAGUAUGCAAGUGGGGAGACAUUGGAUGGCAGGAUGAGGAAGCCGGGCAUUCGGGGCUUCAGGUCACGACCAUUUUAUUGUUAUUGGUUAUUAUUUUUUAA